CCCUACAAUAAACGCGCGUCCUGCUAGCGAUCGAGGAAGGACGACAGAUCACUAUAUAAUGACCAGAUUGGAUUCGGUUUAUUUUCAGUACUGAUAUAUGCGCGCGGGCAUGGAGUUGGGGUUAUCGGAAAUCAGUGUUUUUCUACGGCUUUCUGCAAUCUUGUUCUUGGUUUUGACGGCUUGUUUAGUAGGUUUAGAUGCUCAAUCCAAGCGUAUCUUCUACACUGAGAGAAAAGCUACUUUCAAAGAUUUGGAUGCUCUCAUGGUUUUAGUGUAUGUGGAAUCUGCGGCUGCUUGCUAUAAUCUGCUUCACCUAUGCAAACGUUCAAUCUCAACGUGGUUUGAAGGAUACUCGAAAUGGUCUCUAUGCGUAUCUUGGGUUAUUUUGCUGGUGGAUCAGGUGGCAGCUUACAUUACGUUUGGGGCAAACUUGGCUGCACUUCAGAGCGCAGUUUUUGCAGUGACUGGUGAAAAAGAUUUUCAAUGGAUGAAGCUUUGCAACAGAUACAGCAGAUUCUGUAUCCAAAUUGGUGGGGGUUUGCUCGGUGGCUUUGUGGCAUCUCUGCUAAUGGCACUCCUAUCGUCCAUCUCCGCCUUUGAUCUGUUUAGGCACUAUUCACCAAAACGAUUCCUGUUCUUAAAGUCUGCAUGAUAAUAUAUAUAUAUAUAUAUAUAUAUAUUUAUAUAUAUAUAUAUAUCAUAUAUGCAUGCCAUCUUCUUGGGCAUACUGAAUUUCAAUAUUGAUCUACCCCUAUACAUAUAUAUAUAAUAUGAUUCAACUUUCUUUGUAUUUUAUUGUACAAUAUCG